AGAAGAACGAGAGAGAGAGAAAGAGAAGGUAGAGAGAGAGAGAGAGAGAGAGAGAGAGAGAGAGAGAAAGCCAUUAGAGACGAUGCACAAGGAGCUCCAGCAGCGCGUCAAGGCCUGGGAGUCCACCAUUCGGAAGAUGCAUGUCCCGGGCGGUCGCCGCCGGGGCUUCAUCUUCUCGGCCACCUCUGUCGCGCCGGCGGACGACGCUGAGUCCGCCGAAACAUCUGUUGAUGCCGACGGUGAGGUAUCUCGAGUUGAACGGCUUCUUCCUGAUGGGGACUUCUACUCCGGCGAUUGGCAUGGUGGGAUGCCGCACGGAAUGGGGAAGUAUCUCUGGACGGAUGGGUGUAUGUACGAGGGGGAGUGGCGCGGUGGGCGGACUACCGGACGGGGGAGGUUCUCGUGGCCGUGUGGUGCGACGUAUGAAGGGGAGUUCAAGUCUGGGUUCAUGGAUGGUGUUGGGACGUACACGGGUUCGUCCGGGGAGACGUAUCGAGGGGGUUGGUCGAUGAAUCUGAAGCAUGGGAGGGGGAGGAAGUCGUACGCCAAUGGAGAUCACUACGACGGCGAGUGGCGGUCUGGGUUUCAGGAAGGGAGCGGGAGGUAUGCGUGGGUGAAUGGGAAUGAGUAUGCGGGGCAGUGGCGGAAUGGAUUGAUGCAUGGCCGGGGAGUGCUUGUGUGGUCGGGUGGGGAACUUUAUGAUGGGGCGUGGGAGGGUGGGGAGCCGAGAGGGAAUGGGAGCUUCCGAUGGGCGGAUGGGAGCUUGUAUGUUGGGUUUUGGAGUAGAGAUGAAGGGAAUGGGGAGUGGGAGCAGAAGGGAGUGUAUUAUCCGGCGCCGACGGCGGCGUCGCCUGCCGCAAGGGAUGCACUUGAGGUGUUUGGUGAAAUGCUUAGGCAAUGCAAGGUGUGUCAGGAUGAGGUGAUGCCUAUUCUACCUUCGCAGAAGAUGAUAAAUUUGGCAGGAGAUGGGAAGGGGAGGAGGAGGGCCUCUGCGGAUGCACCUGGUACCACAGUGCGUAGGCCUAAUGGAAGGACAAAAACUAUGGUUUGUAUUGAUAAUGGGUGCAAAUGGGAAGCGGAUGAAGAUGCUGCGAGUCAGAGCACGGAGAGGAGUGCUAAUGCAUCGGAGGAGAUGGGUGGGAGGUCGGGAAGGAGUGUGGCACCUUUGCGGUGGUCAGGGAGGGAGAUGAAGAGACAAGGUGUGACCAUUUCCAAGGGGCACAAAAAUUAUGAGCUCAUGCUCAAUUUACAGCUUGGAAUCAGGCAUGCUGUAGGAAAACAAGCUCCGACUGCGUCAUUUGAUUUGAAAGCAUCAGCAUUUGACCCAAAAGAGAAAGUUUGGACGAGAUUCCCACCGGAAGGAUCAAAACACACUCCCCCACACCAAUCAUGCGAUUUCAGGUGGAAGGAUUACUGCCCUAAGGUGUUCAGGAUGCUCCGUAGUUUAUUCAAGGUCGAUACAGCUGAUUAUAUGCUUUCUAUCUGUGGAAAUGAUGCCCUUCGGGAACUCUCAUCACCAGGCAAAAGUGGAAGCUUCUUUUACCUGACAAAUGAUGACCGGUAUAUGAUAAAGACAGUGAAGAAGGCUGAAGUCAAAGUGCUUCUGAAGAUGCUUCCAGCCUAUUACAAUCAUGUUCGUUCCUAUGAAAAUACUUUGGUAACCAAAUUCUAUGGUCUGCAUUGUGUGAAAGUAACUGGAUCGAAUCAGAAGAAGGUUCGUUUUGUCAUAAUGGGAAAUUUGUGCUGCACAGAGUAUUCUAUUCACCGUCGUUAUGAUCUCAAAGGCUCUUCCCAUGGCCGGACUACUGAGAAGCCUGAUGUGGAAAUUGAUGAGAACACUACUUUGAAAGACCUUGACCUCACUUUCGCAUUCAGACUGCAAAAAAAUUGGUUCCAAGAAUUCGAAAGGCAAAUUGAUAAAGACUGUGAAUUUCUAGAACAAGAGAAAAUCAUGGACUACAGUCUAUUGGUCGGCAUUCACUUUAGAGACUCAUUGUCCAAUGAUGCAACAUCAACUGAUAAUUAUUCUCAAACAUCAACAAGUAGCAGCGAUCAUGGUAAAUCAAGCGAUGUAUUGCCUCAUCUUCGGAAUCGGCGGGUGAUGGUAAGACUAGGCAUGAACAUGCCAGCCAAGGUUGUGCAUGCAACGAGACGACAUGACAGUGAAGGCCAGUUGAUCAGUGAGUCAACUCCGGGUGAGUUCUAUCAUGUUAUAUUGUUCUUUGGCAUCAUAGACAUACUCCAAGACUAUGACAUCAGCAAGAAGCUCGAGCACGCAUACAAGUCUAUCCAAUAUGACUCAACCUCAAUAUCAGCCGUCGAUCCAAAGCUCUACGCAAAGCGGUUCAAGGAUUUCAUGUACCGAGUUUUCAUCGAAGAUUCCUGAAGAACAGCCUAAGGUUAAAAGUAACUACAUUUUUGUUCUGGAUUGAACUAGGAUCAGGAUUAAGAAGAAAGAACAGGAUAAAUUGCAGUUAUCAGAAGUGAAUCAAUGAAUUCAUUUAAAAAAUGGUUGAGAAUGUCUGUUUCGACAUCCAACAAACACAACCCUACCAGGGAUCAGAAAAUCUGAAAUGUGCAUUACAAAGCAAAUGGUCUCUCCAGCUGAGAAAAUUUUGGCACAAGCAGAGCCAGAGUUGUAACUUGUACAUUUUGUUAUACACAGGUGGUUAAAUUGUAUAUUAAAGUUCAUUCUUUUUACAAUUAUUUUUUUAUUUUUUAUACUAUUAUUUUUUUAAA